UUUGUCGGAAGAUUGGUUGAACAAGAGCGUACAGCCGUAGUGUCGGUAUGUGCUGCGGGGAGCGACUACCGCUUACGGAGGGCGCGGGCAAAUGUUAGCAUUAACAUUAGCAAGCCGUGCAACGAGGCCUACUCGGUGCUGGAAGGCCUCAAGAGGAGCCCAGCGUGAGCUUAGGAGAAUGUUGACAACUUAUGAAAAAUAACCAUGAACUGAAAGGACGCAAAAUGGUGAAUGUUUUCUCAUUUACACCCCCAUUCUCAUGACACCAACAGGAAGAUAUGGGCAUCCUAAGACUGGUAGCCAGAAUCAUGGGUAGGAUCAGUACAUUCAGGUCCUAUCAGUUUGUGCUUCUUCUGGCUGCUGCACUUGCUGUUGUAGCUUUUUACUACUUUGGCUCUGAGAAGCAGAACUUCUCCAGCACCACUAAGAGGAUCAAGCAGACCCAGGCCAGCCACAACACCAACAGAAAUGAUGCGGAUCUGACUGUGGACACCAGGCUCUCACAUACAGCUGGAUCGGAGGAGCAAGGAGGGGAAGGCCAAGAUGUAGGGGGAGAAGAGAGCGAGGGUUUCAGGUCAAAGAAAGUUGACAGUGAGGCUGCUGACCAACGCUACCACGCACUCAUGAUGUUCACCAAGGUGGACAAGAGCCGGAGCCUUCAGGACAAGUUCAGGGUGGCCAUGUUGUCUAUGGUGAAGCACGGACACUUUCUGGAAGGAGAGGUGUUGGUGCUUCAUUUUGUGAGUGACCAGGCCAGCCAAGAACUGGGAGAGAGGAUGCUGCAGGAAUUUCUCCUUGAUGCAACAUUUAAGUAUGAGGUGCUAUUUCAUGACGUGGUGGCUCUCACACAGAAGCUCUUCCCUAUUGUGGAGGCCAUGCAGAAGCACUUCAGUGCUGGCUCUGGAGCUUAUUACAGCGACGCCAUCUUCUUCCUGUCUGUAGCCAUGCAUCACAUCAUGCCUGAACGUCUGAUGCGCAUUGUGCAGCUUGACCUGGAUCUGAAAUACAGGACCAACAUCAGGGACCUCUUCCAAGAAUUUGACCGGUUUCCUCCAGGAGCAGUAAUAGGCAUCACCAGAGAGAUGCAGCCAGUCUACAGACACACCUUUUGGCAGUAUCGUAAGGAGAACCCUCAGACCAGAGUAGGUGAACCUCCUCCUGAUGGUCUCCCAGGCUUCAACAGUGGCGUGAUGUUACUGGACCUGGGAGCGAUGAGGGCCUCAGCGCUCUACAACCAGCUGUUGAAGCCCAGCAAUGUGGCCAAACUGGCCGACCAGUACCGCUUCAGGGGCCACCUCGGUGACCAGGACUUCUUCACCAUGAUUGGCAUGGAGCAUCCUGAACUGUUUUAUUCCCUGGCCUGUGGCUGGAACAGGCAGCUGUGCACCUGGUGGAGGGACCACGGAUACGGAGACGUGUUUCAGCUGUAUUAUCGCUGUGAUGGACCUGUUUAUAUCUACCAUGGGAACUGUAACUCCCCUAUACCAGAUGACUGAUGUAUGUGCUGCACUGAUGGUGCAACUGAGAAGGAGUCUAUCAUGUCUGCAGUAUAGCUUAAGGGAAUUAUUUAUCCUGCUUGUUGGGAGGCUUGUGACUUUUAUGGCAGUUUUCCUUUCUUGACCCUGGAGCCAUGGUCACAGACUCAGUCCCCUGCUGGUCAGUGGGGCUACUGAAGGGCCCUCCCACACAAGUUCAUUGGUGGUAUUUUAGAAUAAGAAAACAGCUCUGCGGUACAGCAAUGCAAGCAGAUGCAUUAGCAUUUCUUCAGGUACUGAAAUGAUGAAAUAUGAUCAGUGAGGUUCAGUUUGAGUCACAGAUCCAUUCAUUUGAAUGCUUAUCAGAUAAUACUGCAGAAGAGUUUACAUCAUUAUCAGGAAGGAUUUUACUGCCCUUGAAAACUAUCAAGGUAGUAAUCAUUUCAUUUUAUCACAAAGAUCACGGCAUGAUGUUCAAAUGAAUGUGGGGGGUUUUUCAAUGGGAAUGCAGCCUAAUGCAUCAUGCAGUCAAUGCCAUUAUUCCUUUCAUUUGCUUAUAUUUUAAUUGACUUCAAUAAAUUUUGGUAUUUGUGUUAAGGGGAAUCUCAAAGACCACUGUAUUUAAUGAGGAAUUCAUGUCGCCAAUAGAGCUGCAUUGAUUAGAUCAACACAAAACUAACCAGCAACUAUUAUGAUUCUCAAAUAUUACUUGCUGGUUGUAGCUUCUAAAUUGUGAGAAUAUAAUGCGGUUAUGUGUCAUAUUAUAAAUUGAUAAAUUAAAUAUCUUUGAGUUUUGGACUGUUGAUAAAACAAGACAUUAGAGGACGAUACUUGGGCUUCAGGAAAUUAUCCAGCAUUUUACACUCUUUUCUGACGUUUUAUGCACAAAAUGAUUAAACAUUAAAUCAAAAGAAGAAGAUUAACUGAUAAUUAAAAUAACUGUAAAUUGUCACCCUAAUUUAUAACAAAUGUGGAAAUAUCUGCAAGAGAUAUAUAUUGAGCUACUGUGUUAAUUGCCACCGAUAAACAAGAGUCCUGUAUUUUUUUCCACUUCCCUCCCACUGCUCUCUCUGGUUCCCUGCACCUCAAGCUUUCCAGCAGUGGCGCAGGUUAACCCUGCGUCAACUUAUCUUCAUGCAACACCACACCAGGUGAGGGCUAAUCUGGUGCCAUUUAUUUUCCACCUCUGUGACUUGUGGAGGAAAGGGAGGGGUAUGUUUAACACCAGUAGACUCCCUCUUUCCGGAGCCACGUGGGCGCAGGACAUAACACACUUCCACAGUGCCUUUCAAACACAUCUUUCUGUAGGUUGGAAUAGAUAGGGAGAGGAAAAAAAAAAUCACAUCAAAGGGUGUUAGUGCUCCCUGCAUUGCAGUUUAGCUGAGGCCGAACACACAGGUUUCAGAGGUGCUGCGUCCAAGAGCAUGACUGCAGACACUGACCCACUUUUGAGUGUUCUUGCUGUGCUCACUCGAUAAGUACCCAGUUUCAAAGAAAUGUCAACACUCAAUAUUCAUCAGUCAGGAAAUUGUCUGAGGAGAUGCACAAUUAAGCACACACAUGCACAUGGUGAGAGUGACGAAGCUGAAUCCCCCACACCAUCGGUGGAGUCAAAGAAAGGCUACUCACGACACUUGAGAAUAAACAUUACUCCAAAUCAAUAAGCUUCCCUUUGAUUCACCCUUCAACCUAGUAUUUGCCCUGCCUCUUUCAGAACUAUACUCUUUAAAGUAUUAAGAAGUAUUCUAUUUGAGUGAAUACUGAAACACAACUUCUAUUCUGAAUUCUUGACUGCACUUUACAACUUCAAAACACAGGCUUUAUCAUCAAGGGUUUUGUUGACUAGACGAUUGUUGCAUUUAUUCUACUGGAUUUAAAAUGAAAUGUUCCUCACUCUACCCACGGUUUUGUACAUUUUGCCCGAUUAACUAUACAUAAUAGUAAUCUGCAUAGAAUAACAAACAUUGCACAGAAUAAAUAUGUAUCUGAUCUUGAAGGAAAGCAGUGUGCAAACGUAAACAUUGUGGAAAGGACUGAGUUUGUCUAAUCUUGAAUGAAAAAGCAGACUUUCAAAUCUCCCACUGUCAGAGCUUCGUCCACAGCAACAAUGAGUUUACAAAACAGCCUCCGCUCAAAAUCACACCAUCACUUUGACAAAUAAAUGUAAAACUAAAAAGUGCAAUAAGAUGUUCAAUGUGAUAGAUUACUGUUAAUACCAGAAAUAUACCUGUUGCAUGGGUUGGCAGUUAGGGCUUAAACAUGGAAAACCUCUCGUAUCAUCCUUUAAAAAUCAUCUUUUGUCUGUCUAUCUGUUUUUCCCUAUGUCCCAUACACAUCCAUCACGUUUUAUGUGUUAUUCUUGCCCGUUUUCAAACACACAAACUCUCGUGUAUAAAAUGGGUUAAUGAAAAUAGGUGGAGAUUUAAGAUGGAGGGCAACAUGAUUGGUGUGGUGUAACUUAAUAAGUGUUACAAAGGUAGUAUCCUUAUAUUUACUGUAUUGACCCAGGUUCACCCUCUCACACCAACAGCAAACACAUUUUGUCACAGCAGUGUUGGUGUGAAAAGGUAAAUGACCGUUCUCUAUGUAUGAAUGUGCAAUGAUAUUUUUAAAGGGCUAAUAAAUGUAAAUAAAUAAAUGGUCCACUUCUUUCUUAGACAGAUUAGAAAGCUGUGUUAAAGACUCAAUGUGAUGUGAUUGUUUCAUGACAAAAGCAAAUGUGAAAGUAGCUUUACAUGAUCUUUUCAUAGACGAGCUUCCUGUGACAGAAAUUCAGCAAUUCUGUGACCUUUGUGUGUUCAGCUUUCCUAAAUCAAUUAUAAGACCUUUUUUUUUUUUCUUUUUUUUU